GGCGGGUUGGCGGCUUGGGUGAAAAUGCCUCGUGUGAAAGGAGCUCAGGCUCGAAGACGGGGCCCUGCCAAGCGGCAGCUUGCCGAGCACUUCGCAGCGGGGGAGGUGAUAACUGACAUGGCAAAAAAGGAGUGGAAGCUGGGGCUGCCCAUUGGCCAAGGUGGCUUUGGCUGUAUAUAUCUGGCUGAUACUAAUUCUUCUAAAUCGGUUGGCAGUGAUGCACCCUGUGUUGUAAAAGUGGAACCCAGUGACAACGGACCUCUCUUUACAGAAUUAAAGUUCUACCAGCGAGCUGCUAAACCAGAGCAAAUUCAGAAGUGGAUUCGUACUCAUAAAUUGAAGUAUCUUGGUGUUCCUAAGUAUUGGGGAUCUGGUCUGCAUGAUAAAAAUGGAAAAAGUUACAGGUUCAUGGUCAUGGACCGCUUUGGAAGUGACCUACAGAAAAUAUAUGAAGCAAAUGCCAAAAGGUUUUCCCGGAAAACAGUCUUGCAGCUAAGCUUAAGAAUUCUGGACAUCCUGGAGUACAUCCACGAGCACGAGUACGUGCACGGGGACAUCAAGGCCUCAAACCUGCUCCUGAGCUGCGAGCGCCCGGACCAGGUGUACUUGGUAGACUACGGCCUUGCUUACCGGUACUGCCCGGAUGGAGUUCACAGGGAAUACAAAGAAGAUCCAAGAAGAUGCCACGAUGGCACAAUCGAGUUCACCAGCAUCGACGCGCACAAUGGCGUGGCUCCAUCUCGACGUGGUGAUUUGGAGAUCCUUGGUUACUGCAUGAUCCAGUGGCUUAGUGGCUGUCUUCCAUGGGAUGAUAACUUGAAAGACCCUAACUAUGUGCGAGAUUCCAAAAUCAGAUACAGAGAAAAUAUUGCAGAUUUGAUGGAGAAAUGUUUUCCUGAGAAAAACAAACCAGGUGAAAUUGCUAAAUACAUGGAAACUGUGAAACUACUGGGCUAUACUGAAAAACCUCUUUAUCAAAAUCUACGUGACAUCCUUUCGCAAGGACUAAAAGCUAUAGGAGGCAAGGAUGAUGGCAGGCUGGACUUCAGUGCUGUGGAGAAUGGAGGGUUGAAGGCAAAAUCAGUUUCAAAGAAGAGAAAGAUAGAAGAAAGCACAGUGUCUACUGUUGAAGACAUGGAAUGUUCAAGUACAGUGACAGAGGAAGCCGCACAAACACGUUCAAGAGCCAGAAAGAGAGUCCGGAAGUAAAUCAGAUGCUGGAAAUUGACAUUUCUUCCUUUUCAUUGCAUUUUCUCCCCUUUUCUGUCUUGUCUUCUCUUUGUGUGAAUCUUGUGGGGUGGGAGUAUUAAUUAAAUGGAUAGGCUUUUGAAAAGCGAAAA